AAUCGGAUGGCACACAAGGAGGCAACAAGACCGCUCUUCGCUCUCUAUGGUGCGUUUCCCAGGAUUCUCUGGUCCGAGAGAAACAGACGCUGGACAGCAGGAAGGGCACGUGGGUCUGGGUUCCUCCAGUGGUGACCAUGGGCCGAGCCAAGCAUCAGGAGUCUGGGGACGCGCCAGAGCCCGAAGCGACGCCGGAGCGGUCGUACCAUGACUUGGUGGAGAACGUGAACACCAUCGCGCGGCCGCUGGCCUCCCGCAAGCUGACGCGCAAGUUGUACAAGUGCAUCAAGAAAGCAGCGAAGCAGAAACAGAUCCGACGUGGAGUGAAAGAGGUCCAGAAAUUCAUCAACAAAGGCGAAAAGGGGAUUACAGUUCUUGCUGGAGACACACUGCCUAUUGAUGUUUACUCCCACAUCCCCAUCAUGUGUGAAGACCGGGAACUACCAUAUGUGUAUAUCCCCUCCAAAACGGACUUGGGAGUAGCUGCAGGUUCAAAACGUCCAACCUGUGUGAUCAUGAUCAAGCCUCAUGAAGACUACCAGGAGACUUAUGAUGAGUGUAUGGAAGAAGUGGAGGCUCUUCCCCUCCCCUUGUGAAGAACAUCAAUGGGAGAUGCUGUGAAGAGUCUGACUUGACUGGGCCAUGCCUGUAGAGUCUGUACAAAUUGGGCAGUAGCAUGAUACUGAUUUUAAAAGUUUGGGUAGUAGAGUUGGCCAGUAGUACUCAUUGGCCCCACUACCAGCACUAAAAUAUAACCUGGACACUUCUGUAAUGUGACUUACUUACUCUUAUCACUGGCACUUGAAGUGGCAUGAAUUAGAGUAAUUAUACUUUAUUGCAGUUAAAUUAACUGUGUUGCUUCAUAUCCAGUUGACCAGAAGGCAUAUGGAACCUGAGGGAAUGUUAAUUAAAAUCUGUACUAUUUGUAAA